GUUGAAAUGGCAGGAGCUCAGCUGCAGAGGGAAACCUUCUCUUGUUCCAUCUGUUUGGAUCCACUGAAGGAUCCGGUGGCUCUUACCUGUGGACACAGCUUCUGUAUGAACUGUAUUAAAAACCACUGGGACGCAGAAGAGGAGAAGAUGAUCUGCAGCUGCCCCCAGUGUAGAAAGAUCUUCAUGCCGAGGCCUGAACUGGUAAAAAAUGUCAUGUUGGAAGAUUUAGUGGAGGAGCUGAAGAAGACUAGACUCCACGCUGCUCCUGCUGACCACUGCUGUGCUGGAGCUGAAGAGGUGGCCUGUGAUGUCUACGGGAAGAGGAAACUGAAAGCUCUCAAGUCCUGUUUGGUUUGUUUGCCCUCUUACUGUGAGGGACAUCUCCAACCUCAUUAUCAAUCACCUCCAUUAAAGAAGCACAAGCUGGAGGAGCCCUCCAAGAACCUCCAGGAGAACAUCUGCCCUUGUCACGAUAAUAUGAUGGACAUGUUCUGCCGCACUGAUCAGCAGUGUAUCUGUUAUCUCUGCUCUGUGUACGAACAUAAAGACCAUGACACGGUCACAGCGGCAGCAGAAAGGACCCAGAAGCAGAGAGAGCUGGAUCUGAGUCUAGGAGAAAUCCAGCAGAGACUCCAGGACAUAGAUAGAGACGUGAAGGUGCUUCAACAGGAGGUGGAGGCUCUCACUCGCUCUGCUGAUAAAGCCGUGGAGGACACGGACAAAAUCUUCACCAAGAUGAUGCAUCUCUUGCAGAGGAGAAGCUCUGACGUGAAACAGCAGAUCAGAUUCCAGCAGGAAACCGAGGUGAAUCGAGUCAGAGACGUAGAGGAGAAGCUUCUGCAGGAGAUCACUGAGCUGAAGAAGAGAGAAGCUGAACUGAAGCAGCUCUCACACACAUACGAUAAUAACCAGUUUCUCCUCAGCUACCGCUCACUGUCAGCCCUCGGUCCAUCUACUCACUCGUCCACCACCAACGUCCGUCCUCUGAUCCACUUUGAGGAUGCAACAGCGGCAAAAGUCAGAGAUCAACUGCGGGACGUCCUGACCGAGAUGUGGACAAACAUCUCACUGGCUGUGACUGAAGUAAAUGUUUCACUGACAGAACCAGAACCAAAGACCAGAGCUUCAGAUAUUCACAGGAAAUAACACUGGAUCCAAACACAGAAAACAAACGUCUGUUAUUAUCUGAAGGAAACAGAAAAGUGACAUUAAUGAAUAAAAAACACUCUUAUACUUAUCACACAGACAGAUUCACCUAAUAUCGUCAGGUGAUGAGUACAGAGAGUCUGGCUGGACGUUGUGACUGGGAGGUGGAGUGUGUUUGUGUAGCAGUGACGUACAAGAACAUCAGGAGAUCAGGGCGUUCGGAUGAAUGUGGAUUUGGAUUGAAUGACAAAUCUUGGGCUUUAGCUUGUGAACACAACUGUUGUUAUUUUGCUCACAUCUCAGAUGGUCUGUUCUCCAGAGUAGGAGUUUACCUGGACCACAGAGCAGGUCUUCUGUCCUUCUACAGAGUCUCUGACACCUGACUCUCCUCCACAGAGUCCAGACCACGUUCACUCAGCCUUCAUAUGUGAGUUCUUUCUGGAGCAGUGAGUUAAACUUUGUGUUUAAAUCUUUAACUUCUCUGCUCUCAUUGCAACAACAAUAUUAUAUAUAAAAAAAAUACUGUUUCCUCUGUUUUAUGGUUAAAUUCCUCAAAUCUUAACUCACACACACACACGCAUUGACUUAAAUUAUUUACUGGAUUAUGUGACUAUAUAAACAGAUUUAGGUCCCCACAGCAUAAUGAAUGCCAGGCACACACACACACACACACAUUAUCUGAGGAAGCUCUCAAGUAUCGUUGUUGCAGUGUAGCAGCUGCUCAGGUUCACUUACACUGAUUCAUGUUUACCAUUUGUCACACAAUUUCCUCCCACUGGUCAGUAAGAGCUUGUUGUUUUGGAGGCCCAGUGGUCUGGAGAGAUGACAUUUACUCUCCUCAUAAUUAUUAUGCCCGCUAACGAUAAAAAGUAACUGUGGCUCAUAAUAAGCUGCUCACACGGUGGACUUGUGGCUCGUUUUCCUUCUUACUUCUUUAAAGUAGGACGGUCUUUCUUAUUGGCAAAUUGUGUCUCAUCCAGGACAUAAAACAGUUUACAAUCGUCUAUUCACUUGUUGAAUCACAGUGUGUGUAAACACCGCAGCAAAUUAAGUGAGGUGUGACAUCUUAAAAUUAGCUGAAAGUGUUCCAUUGUAAUUGUGAAUUCAGGGCAUGCGUGCGUGUGUUUUUUUGUUUUUUUUUUGUUUUUUAAAAGUCAUCCAUUAUUCUAACUUUUCUUCUAUGCAUUAAAAUCAUACUGAGUAUACUUCCAUGGAGGAAACUGGACAGAAGCUACAUUCACCUCAGUCAUGUUUUAUAAUUUCUGUACACACAGCAGUUCAUUGUUGCAGCUAUUUGUUUGUUUUCCUUUUUUCAAUUUGUUAAACUGUAUAAAGAUAGAAACGGUUAUAUUUCACUAAAAAAAACCCGAGCUAUGGUUAUUUGUGUAACAAAUGACAAUAACUGAUUGAAAUCUAUAAUACUGAUCACUGAAGUCAGGUUGGAUGAAUCACAUCGGUCUUUUCUGGGUCCACAGAGCUAGUUGUGAGGAUUAAAUGAGCUAAGCAACUUAAAAUGAUGUCAUUUGUCUCAUUAUUAUGUGCAGUGAAGGAAACAGAGAGCAGGUGAUGAAGCAUUGAGAUUUAAACGUACAAGUCACAGACAAUCCUGAGAAAAGUCUCAGGAAGUCUCAGGAAAAUCCCUGUUUUGUCUCCUAAAAUUGCGUUUACAUUGAAAACUGUGGUGUCGUAAUAGGAAUGAUAAGUGGAUCAGGUCAGUGGAAGCUGCAAAACCUGUCAGUGAAGCUUCUAAAUAAUAAGCUGUCUGAACACUGACGCAGUGCCUGUGACAGGCAGCUGUCUCAGCCUGUUGUUUAUUUUCAGUUUGACUUGUGUCACGUACACAUGCAUUCAUUGUGUAAUAAUGUUGCAUUGGAGUUUUUGCACUGAAAACUGUGUCUACUAUCUGGAAAUAGUAAAUAAAAAAAUAUAGCUGGGUAAAUACAGUAGAUAUAAGGAAGUUUGUCCCAAUGUUAGUUAUCAUCAGAACAACAUUGUAUGUCUGUGUUUUCCAGAGGUAUGUUGAAUAAAAUUAAUACAUAUUUGUGAAUAAACGUAAGAAUUUUUGUCCCUGCA